GCCAACUGGUAGAGGAUGUUGCUAGCAGCCAGGGUAGAUGCACAGCCUUUUUCACAACAAUAACAUCAACCGAAUUUGCAUCUCCACAAACCCGAUUUCAGGAUAAUUCUUUCGGAACUCUACCGGAAAACGUGCAUUGGACCGAACCACGUGGGAUUUCUUCUUCGUAGGAGCUGGCUUGAUGUGGUGUUGUUGACAAUGGGAGCGGAUGGGUUUGCAGAUUUACAGGACUCCUUUCUGCAGGAGCUGAAACAAGAAUCAUGGCUGGCCAGCUAGGCCGCGGCAGGGUUUUGUAGCUUACUGCAGCUGUCUCUUGAUAGAGGAGAUUGUAUGUAAGGCUCAACGCCAGUGUUUUAAGAUUGGUGCUAAAAACUGACGCUAUAGUUACAAGAAUUAGGAGGAGUUUUGUUGUCUUUUUCGGGCCCGCAAACACAAGCUAGUGAGCCCGCUAGCUUCACAACCUUGACUGGCUGACGUCUUGCUUUUCGUAGUUAGCUCUGUUAGCCGGCUAACGAGAGCUAGCGUCGCUUUGCCAGCCUUUCUCUGCUGGAAAAAACACUUUUAUUUCGGGAAUUACUCUCAUCUUUCCGUGCCGUCUGGGCAUUUGUACCGCAAGUCCCUAUUUUUGCACCGUCUGCUGCUGGAUGAAUGUGGGACAAAAUGGAGACCCCGACGAUUGUGUACGAUCUGGAUACCUCUGGGGGCUUAAUGGAGCAAAUCCAAACACUGCUCGCGCCCCCGAAGUCCGAGGAGGUGGAAAAGAGGAGUCGGAAGUUGGUGAGGGACGUCAGGAGGAGCGGCAGGGCCACCAACCAUGACACCUGCGAUAGCUGCAGGGAGGGGGGAGACCUGCUCUGCUGUGACCACUGUCCUGCAGCCUUCCACCUCCAGUGCUGUAACCCGCCUCUGAGUGAAGAAAUGCUUCCCCCUGGGGAAUGGAUGUGUCAUCGCUGUAAUGUUAGAAAAAAGAAGCGAGAGCAGAAAUCAGAGCAGACAAACGGUCUACCAGACAGGCCCUCGACAAAGCGCUCUGCAUCCCCCGCCGUGGAGCUGGAGCUGAAUGCCGGCCCACUGCGGCUCGAUGGGCUGCCUCCAGGUGCCGGAGCGGCUGGACCCGGUCUACGUGUGGCACAGGUUCGCCUCUUGGACCGCAGGACCAGCAGCAGGCCGAGCAGCCGACCCGGGACGCCCAACUCCAACACGUCGUCCACCCCGACCCCGUCUGAGGAGCAGAAUGACGGAGAGGAGGAGGCUGCAGAGGCCGAGGAUGAGGUGCAGGGUGCAGAGCUAGAAGGCGCUACGCUGACUUCUCCAACGCCACGCCUCCUCAAGAGACCGUUUCAGCUGCUGAUAGCAGCCGCCAUGGAGAGAAACCCCACGCAAUUCCAGCUGCCCAGCGAGCUCACCUGCACCACUGCACUGCCAGGCAGCAGUAAAAGGAGGAGAAAAGAGGAGCUGCUGGGGAAGCCGUUCAGGAGACCUCAGCAUGAACUGGAUUCUAAUGGUCUGGUCCCUCUACCGGUCAGAGUCUGCUAUUCUUGUAACAGGAGCUGCAGGUUGGCACCGCUGAUCCAGUGUGACUAUUGUCCCCUUCUGUUCCAUAUGGACUGUCUGGACCCUCCGCUCACAGCUCUACCUGCCGGCAAAUGGAUGUGUCCGAACCACGUGGAGCACUUAGCGCUGAAUCAAAGGACCCUGAGCCUGUCCAGUCGCUGUCAGCUCUUCGACCAGUUCCAGGACCGCAUGUCCCAGCACGCCGUCAAGGUGGACUUUCUGCGUAGAGUUCAUCGGCAGAACACACCCAACCGACGCACAACCCACCAGCACAACAAGAAGAGCAUAAAGGUGCCAGAUUCCAUCAAGUCCCAGUACCAGAAUCCUCCCCCCUUGCUGCUUCCUGCACGGCAGCGCCAGCUGGAACUGGUUUGUAGCGGCGUUCCUGACCAUCAGUCAUCAAAGCACCUGACCUCAGAUGCUGAGCAGCAGGAGUGGCUUCAGGAUGUCAUCGCCCUGCAGUGCAGCAUCAUGAGACACCUGUCAAUCAAGCCCAAAUCUUCAUCCACCCUGCCAUCAGUAACGCCUCCAGCAGAGUGGAGCCCUGAGCAGAAAUCUAGUUCUAAAUCCUGUGUCACAUCUGAAGAUGUGAAAACGAAAGCCUCCAUAGGCAGGACUUCCUCUCUUGAGCCCUGCUCUAAGCCCUGCAGUACACCUGUUGACACCCUGUCAGAGCUGGGCGUUUGUAAAUGCAGCAUGACACCCUGUCAGAACUGCAGGAAACCUAACGGACCUCUGACAGAGGAGCACCAGCCUCCCAAAGCUAACGGACCUGUAGACUGUAGCCGCUCCUCGGAUUCCUGCAGGCAGGGCGAGCUGCAGCACAGACUGAAGCCCAGCACCGCACCCUCGGACUCCGCCCCUGCCUCCGGGCUGCUCAACCACUUACGAGCAGAAACGGUUAAAAAGGAGCCCGAGAGCACAACGGAGGCGUGCGCUCAGAAAAUCUCCCCCAGUGCCCCGACGUUAUGGUUACACAGCGGGCAGCAGAACCACAGGAGUCAGACGGAGCUGCAGGAGGAGAGCAGCGAGGAAAAACCCUCCAUCACCAGCAGUGCCCGCUCAGACACACCACUUAAAGGAGACAAGGAGCACGGCCACAACAAGCUGGUGGCGACCCCGCCCACUCAAGACAUUAAGGCUGGUCCUGGUCCUGGACUGAUGGACUCACUGCUGCCCAGCACUCUGUCCUCCAUCACCAACCUCUCCAGCUGCAUGAAGGAUAUGGAUGGAGGAAUUGAGCUGGACAAACUGGAUACAGAGAUGAUCAAGCUGCUUGCCUGGCAGAGGAUCCAGCAGCUCUUUCCCCCAAAAGUGCCCCCCAGCACUUCUCCUCUCCCUGCCCCGAGCGCCGCCAUCAAAUCCCCGUCACCCCGGCCUGACAGUAAAAAGAAGGUGCAGGCCCGGGCCGUCUUCUACCCUCUGACAGGAAAAGGAGGAGCAGUCAGCAUGUGUUACAGAACAUUAUACAUAGGAUCUGGUGCUGACAUGGACGUGUGCCUUACAAACUACGGUCACUGCAACUAUAUAUCGGGGAAACACGCCUGUAUUUUCUAUGACGAGAACACGAAGCAUUACGAGCUGCUCAACUACAGCGAGCACGGCACUACGGUCGACAACGUCCUCUACUCGUGUGACUUCUCUGAGAAAGCUUCGCCGUCUCCGCCCAGCGGCCUGGUGGCCAAAGUGCAAGGCAUCAUCCGUCGUAGUAAGCAGCGUGAGGAUGACGAGGGUCCCAGCUCCGUGGUCGGUUUGCUUCCUGCCGGCGGUGUGAUGAGCAGCCAGUCUCAGGGCGGCUCCGAGCCGUCGUGCAGCUGCAAGGCGAGCAGCUCCAGCCUGAUCGGGGGCAGUGGGGCGGGUUGGGAGGGCACCGCCCUGCUCCACCACGGCAGCUACAUCAAACUGGGCUGCCUCCAGUUCGUCUUCAGCAUCACAGAGUACGCCAGCAAGCAGCCCAAAGAGGAGCAGAACGCCACGCCCGCUGCCACUUUCACUAGCACCACGUAUAUUACCAACGCCACCAGCAGCAGCAGCAGCAGCAGCACUACCAGCACCGCCCCCUCCUCCACCCCCACCCCUCCACCACCCAGUACUGCCACAGUGAGCGGCCCCUCUAGCCAGGAGGAGCCCAAAACUGAGACUGUCCCAGCCCACCAAAUGCUCAUUCUGCACGCCAACUCAAAUCCAUAACCCGCACAGGAAGUCCCGCCCUCCCUCCUUUUUGUUUUGCACCUUCCGAGUCACGAUGGAGGGAAAGCUGCACAGCUGGUUGGUCAACAGGGAAACGUUUUUUUUUUUUUCUGUUUUUUUUUUUUCAUUUUUAAUGGUUUAUAUCUUUGCAUGAACUUGAAGUAUUAUUGACAAUCUCUUCUGUUUUUGAAUGACUGACGGUAACCUUCUGUUCACUUCAGAGCGAGAGAACAUUUUUUACCUGCGCUCACCAUUUCUUUGCCAGUAUAUCGUUUAUGUAUGGUGUAACAUUAUUUUGUCAGUCAGCCCAUUUAGCACAAACCUUUUAUUUAGUAGUAAUGGAUUCCAUACAUUCUAAUUUCUUUUGCUGCUUUUGCACCACAGGUAGCUAAAAAAUGUAUGAAAACAUACAUGCUUAUACACUAUGAUAUGUAUAUAUAAUGUAAAUAUAUAUAAUUCAGUGCCUCUCACUUGGAGAUACAUUGGAUUUCAUGUAGAUUUACCAUUUUUUGGUUUUUAACUGUACAGUUCAUGGAAUUUGUGAUACCGUGUAGAGUACCAGAAGUUUUGUGAUAAAACACGUUCUUAGUCUGUACUUCCCGCUGUCGUCCAUCUGUAAAUACCCUCUAGUUUUAGCACUCAUUUUAACAUCCUGUGCUGCUCUGUAUAUAAGCACUCUUUGUCUGUACUGCUCGUCUGUUCAAACAUGUAAAUACAGAAAGAUUUUCUAAGAACAAACUCAA